AUGCCCACACCGGACGUCAUCUCGUACAAUGCUCUGAUGGACGGGUACAUCAAGGCUGGGCGACUGGGGCUUGCCAUGAAGGAGUUCCAUCGGAUGCCGCAGCGGGAUGCCGUGUCCUGGGGCACGGUGAUAGCCGGUUGUGCAAAGGUCGGGCAAUGGGAGGAGGCGGUGGCGCUGUUUGACAGGAUGAGAGGUGAGGGAUUGGGACCAGACGAUGUUGCACUGACUGCAGUGCUGUCAUGCUGCGCACAUCUCGGGGCGCUAGAGAAGGGACGGGAGGUCCAUGAGUAUGUGAUGCAAAGCAGGUCCCGGCCGAAUGUGUUCUUGUGCACAGGGCUUGUUGAUCUGUAUGCAAAAUGUGGGUGUGUUGAGGUUGCCCAGGAGGUGUUCGACUGGUGCCCUGUGAGGAAUGUGUUCACCUGGAAUGCGCUCAUCGUCGGGCUGGCAAUGCACGGGCAUGGCACAGUGGCAGUCAAGUACUUCAACCGCAUGCUGGUUGAGGGGGUUCGACCAGACGGAGUCACCUUCUUAGGGGUGUUGAUCGGUUGCAGCCAUGCCGGCCUGGUUGACAUGGCAAAGAGGAUCUUCUCCGAGAUGGAAGGCAGGUAUGGCGUGUCUCGGGAGCUUAAGCAUUAUGGAUGCAUGGCCGACUUGCUUGGUCGAGCCGGGCUCAUUGAGGAAGCAAUGAAGAUGGUCGAGAAGAUGUCGACGAAAGGGGAUGCUUACGUCUGGGGAGGUAUACUCGCUGGUUGUCGAAUGCACGGGAAUGUGGAGGCAGCAGAGGUUGCAGCAAGACAUUUGCUGGAGCUCAAUCCUGAAGACGGCGGGGUAUACUCUGUCCUGGCCGGGAUCUAUGCAGAUGCUGGCAGGUGGGAGGAUGUUGCAAGGGUUAGGAAACUGAUGGAUCAGAGGAUUGGUAGGAGAAAUGUUGGUUGCAGUUCCAUUACAACGGACCAAUAA